GAGGGCUUCUUCCGCCCCGCGCCUUGGUGGAUUGAGACGGGCGGAGCGCGGCGCCCGGGUACAAGGCCUCCGGUGAGAUCGUGAGGAUCCCAGGAUUCUGGAACCACAAUGCUUUCAAGACUGUUUCGUAUGCAUGGCCUCCUGGUGGCUUCCCAUCCCUGGGAAGUCAUAGUGGGGACUGUGACACUGACCAUCUGUAUGAUGUCUAUGAACAUGUUCACUGGUAAUGAUAAGAUCUGUGGUUGGAAUUAUGAGUGUCCAAAGUUUGAAGAGGAUGUACUGAGCAGUGAUAUCAUAAUUCUGACCAUAACACGAUGCAUAGCAAUCCUGUACAUUUACUUCCAGUUCCAGAAUUUACGUCAGCUUGGAUCAAAGUAUAUUUUGGGCAUUGCUGGCCUCUUCACAAUUUUCUCCAGUUUUGUAUUCAGCACAGUUGUCAUUCACUUUUUAGAUAAAGAACUGACAGGCUUGAAUGAAGCUUUGCCCUUUUUCCUGCUUCUGAUUGACCUCUCCAGAGCGAGUGCAUUAGCCAAGUUUGCCCUUAGUUCCAACUCCCAGGAUGAAGUCAGGGAAAAUAUUGCACGUGGAAUGGCACUUUUAGGGCCCACGUUCACCCUGGAUGCUCUUGUUGAAUGUCUUGUGAUUGGAGUUGGAACCAUGUCAGGAGUGCGCCAGCUGGAAAUCAUGUGCUGCUUUGGCUGCAUGUCCGUUCUUGCCAACUACUUCGUGUUCAUGACUUUCUUCCCUGCUUGCGUUUCCUUGGUGUUAGAGCUUUCCCGAGAAAGCCGCGAGGGUCGUCCAAUUUGGCAGCUCAGCCACUUUGCCCGAGUGUUAGAAGAAGAAGAGAAUAAGCCGAACCCUGUAACACAGAGGGUCAAGAUGAUCAUGUCUUUAGGCUUGGUUCUUGUUCAUGCUCACAGUCGCUGGAUAGCUGAUCCUUCUCCUCAGAACAGCACAGCAGACAGUGCCAAGGUUUCUUUGGGGUUGGAUGAAAAUGUGUCCAAGAGGAUUGAGCCAAGUGUCUCCCUCUGGCAGUUUUAUCUCUCUAAAAUGAUCAGCAUGGAUAUUGAACAAGUUAUAACUCUGAGUUUAGCACUUCUUCUGGCUGUCAAGUAUAUCUUCUUUGAACAAGCAGAAACAGAAUCAACGCUGUCAUUAAAAAACCCUAUCACAUCACCUGUAGUGACCCAGAAGAAAGUUCCAGACAGUUGCUGUAGGCGUGAGCCCGUGCUGGUCAGGAAUCACCAGAUACCCCAUGCUGUGGAGGAAGAGGCAGGAGGAAACCAAGAAAGAAAAGCUGAGGUUAUAAAGCCCUUGGUGGCGGAAACGGACCCCUCACACCGAGCUGUGUUUGUGGUGGGUGGCUCCUCUCUGCCUGAUACCUCCCUGGUCCUGGAGACACAGGAAGUGGAGAUUGAACUGCCCCGGGAGCCUCGGCCCAAUGAAGAGUGUCUGCAGAUCCUUGGGAAUGCAGAGAAAGGUGCAAAGUUCCUUAGUGAUGCUGAGGUCAUCCAGUUAGUCAACGCAAAGCACAUCCCGGCAUACAAGCUGGAGACUCUGAUGGAGACACAUGAACGAGGCGUAUCCAUCCGCCGGCAGUUACUCUCCAAAAAGCUUCCAGAACCUUCUUCCCUCCAGCACCUACCCUACCGGGACUAUAAUUACUCCUUGGUGAUGGGUGCUUGCUGUGAGAAUGUGAUUGGCUAUAUGCCCAUUCCUGUCGGAGUGGUGGGACCUCUUUGCUUGGAUGGCAAAGAAUUUCAGGUUCCAAUGGCAACGACAGAAGGAUGUCUUGUGGCUAGCACUAACAGAGGCUGCAGGGCAAUCUGCCUUGGUGGAGGUGCCAGCAGCCGGGUCCUGGCAGACGGGAUGACUCGAGGCCCUGUGGUGCGUCUUCCCCGUGCUUGCGACUCUGCAGAAGUGAAGGCCUGGCUCGAGACCCCUGAAGGGUUUGCAGUGAUCAAGGAGGCUUUUGAUAGCACCAGCAGGUUUGCACGUCUGCAGAAACUCCAUACAAGUAUGGCUGGACGCAACCUUUACAUCCGUUUCCAGUCCCGGACAGGGGAUGCCAUGGGCAUGAACAUGAUCUCCAAGGGCACAGAGAAAGCACUUUCAAAACUUCAGGAAUAUUUCCCAGAGAUGCAGAUUCUGGCCGUCAGCGGUAACUACUGCACUGACAAGAAGCCUGCUGCCAUAAACUGGAUAGAAGGAAGAGGAAAGACUGUGAUCUGUGAGGCAGUCAUUCCUGCCAAGGUUGUCAGAGAAGUGUUGAAGACCACCACUGAGGCCAUGGUCGAUGUCAACAUCAACAAGAACCUGGUGGGCUCGGCUAUGGCUGGGAGCAUCGGGGGCUACAAUGCCCACGCGGCCAACGUUGUCACUGCUAUCUACAUUGCCUGUGGGCAGGAUGCGGCACAGAAUGUUGGUAGUUCAAACUGUAUCACUCUCAUGGAAGCCACUGGCCCAGCCAAUGAAGACCUGUACAUCAGCUGCACCAUGCCGUCCAUAGAAAUAGGAACUGUGGGGGGCGGAACCAACCUCCUGCCUCAGCAGGCCUGUCUGCAGAUGCUGGGUGUUCAGGGAGCCUGCAAGGACAGCCCUGGGGAGAACGCGCGGCAGCUCGCCCGAAUUGUGUGUGGGACCGUGAUGGCAGGGGAGCUGUCACUGAUGGCAGCACUGGCAGCUGGGCAUCUUGUCAAAAGUCACAUGAUUCACAACAGGUCAAAGAUAAACUUACGAGACCUCCAGGGCACUUGCACUGAGAAGGCAGCCUGAGGCGCCCAGCGGCUGGGACCGAGACUCUGUGGGCACUGGGUUCCGAGGACUCACAUAAAGUCUGUGAAUUAAAAGUCUCGAUGUCUUGUGAAAGAUGAGCGCUUGGUUUUGGGCUCUCGCAGAGGUUGGGGUCCUUGCCGCACAGAUCUCUCAGACGUGGAGCAGCGUGGGUGCCUUCCAUGCUGGGUGCUUGGGAAGACAUCUCCUUGGCUGUGGGGCCUCGAGGCAUCACCGGCAGACUCUGCAAGAGAAGCUGGAGAAAGUGUUUCCUUGUCAGGAGCUGAUGGUGAUCGCUGUGAAGCUGCCCUCCUCCUGCACCUCCAUGGGCUGAAAAUGGAUUUUUAAAUUAUACUAUAGAUGACAAAAUCCAUGAUUUUAUAAUUUAUUGUCUUGAGUGGUAGAACUUUUAAAAUGUAAAGAGCUACUACUACUUUUUUUUGUAAACUAAUACUUCAUUUGGUGCUGGUCGAAUUUGAUUUUGGGAGGAACUAACAAGAUGUUCUGAGAGGACCGCAUCUGUGAGGGAAGGAUUACCUCUUACCUCAAGCUUGAGCACUGGGCUGAGCAGUGCCAGGAGAGCCCACGCCAGUCCAGACCAGCACUAGGAGGGUCUUGUGCAGCUCUGUCUUGCUUGGGCCUCACUUAGCAAGUCUGUGACACCUCAUAACUCAGCAUGGAAAGUUUUCUCAGAGAAAAAUACCAUUUCUCUAAGCCAACUUUAUUUAGCGGAAAGCAUAGGUAGUUUUUGUAAAAAAAAAAAAAAAAAAAAAAAGCUGUAUCAUCUGUAAAUGUUGUAAUAAAGCUUCUUAAAGCUGGGAGUUUAUUGAAAGUGCUUAAUAAAGAAAAAUCAACUUGUACACUGAGAAAACGUUCUAGCUUGAGCCAGAAGAUUUGGCUUGCUUUUGUGUUGUCCAGGGUGCCGGAGGACAGGGAGGGUCAGCUGACAGAGCCACUGGGCCUUGGUGACUGAUGCCCAUGCUGGCCCCAGGAAAGCUCUUAGCUUCUGGGGGGGUUGGCAGAUUUGCUAAAUCUUCAAAAAAUUUUUUGUAAAAAGAAGUGCUUUAUUCAUUCCAUGGAAGGCAGCUGCAGAGCGCUGGGUAGGGCCUGGCCAAGGCCAUGUGUCUGCAGAGCUGUGGACAUGUUGCUGGCCAGCAACAGGACUCCACCAGCUGCAGCUGCCACUCCCCAGCAGUGACCUUGUUUUGGCAUCUCACAGACUGUAACUAGAUUGUUUGUGCUCAAUCCCUGUUUUGUAUGGUUGUUACAUUGUAUACACUUUGUUACAGAGUACUUUUUCCCAGCUGAGUAAAUUAUGAAGAGGAAGU